AUGAUCGGAGCUUCAGAUGAAUCCAUUCCGGCAGAGGAAUAUCAGCAACGCAUUCGAAGGGUACGAAAAGCCCUUGAGUCUGCUGGCCUGGUUGGGUUGAUUUCCUUUGGCGACUGCUGGAGGGGUGCCAACAUCUGCUACUUCACGGAAUUCCGACCCCUGGACGGAGUAUCUGAUAUCGCCAACACUAUCUUCUUUCUUGGUGUGGACGACGAAGUCCCUGCGCUAUUCGUCUCUAAACAAUGCGUUGACUAUGCCUCCGAAGUCACUACUUUCCCUGUCUACAGCUUUGACGAAAUGAAACAGCAUCUUGAAGCAUUCGCGGCCCGGUUUCGGACCGGUACAUUGGGAUUGGCUGGUGCCUUCUACUUCCCAGAAGAUCUCGCUCGCAGAGUGAGGGCAUCGAUUGGAGAGCUCAGACUAAAGGAGACCCAGGUUCUGGCCGAGAUCAAGGCAAUCAAGAGCGCUCGCGAAGUAGGGUUGAUCCGGAAAGCCUCUGCAUUAACAGACAUGGCGAUGGUUGCCAUCCGUGAUACAUUGGCCGAUGGCAUGCCACAUACAGAACGGGAGCUGGCCUUGAUUGCCGAUCGCGCCAUGCUGGCUGGAGGUGCUGAGCGAACCGGUUAUGACUCUAUGGUGCAAAGCGGUCCUCGAUCGGCCUUCAAUCUCGCUCGACCUACUGACCGCAUUGUUCAGCCCGGAGACUUGGUCAUGACUGACAUUGGCGCUCGUUAUCGCGGAUACGUUGCUGAUGGGGGAAGAGGCUUCACGUACGGCAGCUCGAGCGCAGAAAAGAUAGCGAUUGUGAAAGCGGCAGCUUCUGCCGUCGAAGCCGGUCUGGCAGCCGCACGGCCGGGCAUCACGGCUUCAGAUCUUAACGUGGUGAUCCAGAAGGCGUUAGUGAAGUCUGGUUACGAGGAAUACUCCAGCGAGGCGCGCGGACACGGAACAGGCCAUGGAACGGGUAUGGAUCCGGAGGAGGAGCAGCCGUGGAUUGGCCCUGGGAAUGAAACCAUCCUGAGAGAGAACAUGGUGUUUACAUUGAAGAGUACUAUCACGGUACCGGGUGUUGGAGGUCUUCGGACAGAGCGGAUUGUGCGAUUGACGGCGACAGGCUGUGAACCGUUGGAUGUUUUCCCAAUGGAGCUUUAUUGGUAG